AUGGCCGGCUCUGUCAAUCAGCAGGAUGGCCAGCAGACUGCCGUGCCAUAUGCGGUCAUUCCAUUGCUCGCCAUCCUGGGCGCGGUGGCCGUCAUGCUGAUGAUAUGGUCUUUCGCCCGCCUGCUCCUUCAUACCGAGGGGUUGGUCCAGAACUUCAGCGACUCUCAAAUGCAGUAUAUGCGUGAAGUGCGACACCGCAACCGGCAGGACAUUGCCGAUCUGUUCAACUAUCGUCGAUAUUUUCCCCCGCGCCGCUACAGUCAUCAGUACAGCCAAAAGGACGAAGAGAGCAAGGUGGGAUGGCAACCAUCUCAGCACCAAUGA